CAGCCCCUCCUCUCGUUAACUUCGAAUCCGUGACAGCCACCACCACAUCCAUCGCCAUGGCGACGCCUUCCUCCCACGGCAGCUGGGCCCCGCUCCCUUCCACCGAUUCCUUCUCCAAGUUCUUCGAGUGCUGGAUCACCGAGCAGUCCCGCGACCUCGCCACGCUCCGCGCCGCCGAGGCCGCCGUCCCCGCCACCCCCGAAGCCGACCUCCGACGCCUCGUCGACCAGGUGGUCGCACACUACGAGAACUACUACCGCACGAAGGCCGCCGCCGCGGCGGACGACGUGCUCCGCAUGUUCUCCCCGUCCUGGACCUCCACCACCGAGAACCUUUUCCUCUGGUGCGGCGGCUGGCGCCCCACCGCCGCGCUCCACCUGCUGUACACCAAGUCCGGCAUGAAGCUCGAGAGCCAGCUCCCCGCCUUCCUCAACGGCGCCAGCCUCGAGCCCAACCUCGGCGACCUCUCCGCCGAGCAGCUCCAUGCCGCCGACCAGCUGCAGCGCCGCACCAUCAAGAGGGAACGGGAGAUCGAGGACGCCGCCGCGAGCGUACAGGAAGCGUUGAUGACGGAGAAGAUGGUGGAGCUCGCCGGCGGCGGCGGGAUGGACGCGGAGGGGAUGGAGCAGGAGAUGCAAACGAAGGCGGACGGGAUGAAGCAGGUGCUUGAGAUGGCCGACGCGCUGCGGCUGGAGACGGUGCGGGAGGUGGUGGCGCUGCUCCGCCCCGCGCAGGCCGUGCACUUCCUCCUCGCCGCCGCGGAGCUCCACCUCGCCGUGCACUACUUCGGGAAGCGAAAGGACGGGCACGUCGCCGCCACGCCGCCGCCGCUGGAGUGACGCGCGCAUGCUCGUUGUCGUGUACUUUUUUUUUCUUUUGCGUAAGAGGCUGGAAGCCCGUUUAUAUUAUAUUGAAGAAAGCACAGUGCUUACGCCUGAUUUGCACACA